AUGGUUUUCAUCACUCGACGUACAAGACGUCGCCUACGACCCAUCGUCAUCAUUCUUCUCAUAUCUGUCUUCAUAUUUUACACUAUCCUCCCUCACGAUUCAGCGAUCCGCCUGGCGCUGGUCUUCAAUGUUUCACGUCUCUUUAAUUUCCUCCGCGGCGCAGCAUCAAACAAAGAUGCCUGGCUAUACAAAGCACCACGAUUCACUGUGGAUCUUAGAAACGACGUGGGAUAUCUCAUCAAAACCGGUUAUGGAACGCGCCACAGGGUAGCCGAACAGCUUGCUGCCUUCAAGGCAACAGGAGGCUACUUAGGAAAGGAAGGCGAGAGUUUUCUCGUCGUGGGAGAUUGGACAACCGUGAACCAGACAGAUGCGAGUCUGAUCGGAGCAACGGUGCAUGAUGCUAUCAAAAGAGUCAUGGAGACCAAGAUCAGGGGUAAAAUUGACGAUUACCCCCGGCUCGUCAAGUACAGGAGUCUCCAAGCCAGGCUCCAGGCCGGAGAUGAGGAAGAGGCCCUGAAAAUUGGCCAAACUUAUGGAUGGGAGCUUGAUGCCCUCAAGUUCAUCAUGGGUAUGGAGAUGAUAUAUAACGAAUUGCCCAACAAGAAGUGGUACAUAAUCUUGGAUGAUGAUACCUUCUUGAUUCAGCCGUCCCUGGAGCUCCUCAUGGGCCACAUUGACUACCGAAAACCCCAGUAUAUUGGCAAUGCGGUGGGCGAUUACAAGGCGCGCUUUGGACACGGAGGAUCUGGCAUUCUGAUAUCCGGAGAAGCGAUGCGACAGUUGUUUCAACAUCCAGGCAUCGUGCAGGAAGCAUACGCCGAAUCCAUGACCGAGACGUGGGGAGACCGCCUGGUGGCAACGACACUACAGAAGCUGGGGAUCUACAUCGAGGAGGCGUAUAAUCAUCACUUCAACGGUGAACCACCGUCCAUCACACGUAUCUGGGGCGAUCGCUUUUGCUCACCCCUGGUUUCUUUCCACGGAUUGCGGAAGCCUGGUGAAAUGCGCCGCGUCGGAGAGACCCUUGCGGAGGUAGACCAGCCCGUGCUAUGGCACGAUGUCUGGCAGUUGUUCGGGGGGUCAGCCAUAUCGGCGCUUGAGAGCCGGCCGACCGAGUUGAUGGCGGACCAUGUGGGUAAGCCGGACGAGCACACCCGCUCGUGGGGCGACGUCAGAAGUGCCAACGCUUGUCAAAAGCGAUGUGAGCAAAGUGGACGGCGCUGCUUGGCAUGGACAUAUGAGAUGGAGAUUGAGCGGUGUCACACGAGUCCUUGGCUGUUACUGGGGGCGGACGGCGCUACAGGAAAAGCGUCGGGGAUAAACUGGCCUGAGGUAAAGCCAUUGCUCAACGGCUGCAGAUAA